CCAAGAAAUUACAUCUACUCUCUACAUUGCGGUCCUUGUUGCUUUUCUAUAGAGAAGCGGUGUCUCACUUUUGUUGUGUGAGUGUAUCCACCACCUCUCAGUAACACCUUGCUCAGAGGUGUUGACCUGGAACGGUCAAUCCCGUCCAAGAAGAUGACAGACAAUACACCUUCUGAAGAAUCAAGCACUUUAUGAUGGGAGGUCAUCAGUCAUCUUGUUCUUUGUUAUGCAAGCCGUCUUUCGAGCAAUAGCUCCUUCCGAUCUUCCUGCUUCAGCCUGGGCUGUUGUUCGGUGCCUCAUAUGACGGUAGCGAUACCUUGUUAAUGCUCAACAGAAGUUUCCGCCUGCUUCUUUUUGACAUGGCGAGUUUUAGGAGAGCUGUGUGCCUGCCGGGGAAGUGCUGGGAGCAAUGGAGACAGUUGGCAAUCCCAUCUUUCCACCUCCCAUGUGUUUCUUGGCCUGGUAGCGUCUAUUUGAUUUCCCCUGACCCUUCAGAUGUACCACCCCCAGCGUUGUCUCACAAUUAGUUUACAAUUCGACCCAAGUCUCAAGUCUCUUCUUUUUAAAGCUUCGCAAGGCUCGGCAACAAAAACGAGUCGAAGAUUCGCCUCAUCCCUGUGUUGGGCUUCCUCCUUACGGCAGUCGAAGGGCUCCGCACAGGAAGGGGUAGUCCUCUCCUGCGUCCGGGCAUCUCGAAACACAUCAACAAGGUCGGCAAAUCGACUGCUGCUGUGUUUCCUGACCCUCAAGACAAGCCGUUUCCCAAGCACAAUUUUCUGAACGCCAACAGCACGAAAUUUGCCGUCAAUGGCAUCGCCAUUCCCGAUGUCGACUUUGGCGUUGGCGAGUCGUACGCUGGCUCCCCGAUGAGCAAAGCAACCUCUUCUUUUGGUUCUUUCCCUCGCCAAACAAAGCAGCGGAUAAGGAGAUUCUGAUCUGGCUGAAUGGUGGUCCUGGCUGCUCCUCUUUCGAGGGUCAUUUACAAGAACACGGUCCCUUCCUUUGGCCACCAGGGACUUUAAAACCCGGUUCUCGACGGGUGUUCCAACCAUCACCAAUGAGGAAGAGCUCGCUGCUCGGUUUCUAGGAUGGUGGAAGAGUUUCGUCGACACCUUCGGCAUGCAGGGCUACAAGGUGUACAUUUCUGGAGAAUCCUAUGCCGGAAUGUACGGCCCUUACAUUGCCAACGCCAUUCUCAACACAAACGACACCACCUACCACCAACUAUCCGGCAUGUACCUGGGGGACGCUGUCAUCGGCGACAACACCCAACUCUACCAAAGCAUCCCCAUGCUCCGCUUCGUUGAAUACCACAGCUCUCUUUUCCCCUUCAACAACACCUUCCUCGACAAGAUCAGGACUACUGACGCCGAGUGCGACUACCCCUCCCUCCUCGACAACCACCUCGUCUACCCUCCUAUUUCCCACCUGCCCUCCAUCCUCCCAGAAGUAUCGGAAAACGGAACCGUUACAGAGGAAUGCACCUCUCUCUGGUGGUGGAUCCUAGAAGCCGCCCUCUGCCUCAACCCCUGCUUCGACAUGUACCACAUCAUCGCCUCCUGCCCCCGCGUGUCUGAUGUUCUCGGGUUCCUGGCAGGGAUCGAGUACGUCCCCGAGGGGGAGAAGAGAUACUUUGACCGCGGCGACGUAAAAGCCGCCAUCCACGCACCGAGGAAUGUCACUUGGGAGGUCGAAGAGGACGGCUCCGGACCGUCCAUCAUCCACGCUUUGCCGAGUGUUAUCGACAAGACCCAAAACGUCAUCAUCGACCACGGGCAGCUGGACAUGGUCCUGCCAUCAAACGGCUCCCUUCUCGCGAUCCAGAACAUGACGUGGGGAGGGAAACUCGGCUUUCAGAACAGGCCCUCGGAGCCGUUUUAUGUCCCUGAUACAAAUGUCGUGGGGGAGAACAAGGUGGCUAUUGGUGGCGAGGGCGUGCUGGGGAGCAUGGUGUCGGAGAGGGGGCUGACGUGGGUGGGGGUGAACCUGGCGGGCCAUAUACUGGUCGAGGCGCAGCCUGGUGCUUCGUAUCGGCAGCUGGAGUACUUGCUCGGGAGGGUUGACUGCAUGAAUUGCACGACACCUUUUACGGUUGGGCAUCUGUAUUACUUUGAUCAGGCACCGAAUGAGAUGGGCGAGGGGACGGCGCCUCAGGGUUGGAGUGAUCACAAGCCGGAGGAGGGCUUGUAG